CGGAGCAGAGGUCUCAGAGACCCGGACGAUGCUUUUCGUGCUGCCACCUCCUCAUCGCCCAGGAGAGAAGACGCGACUUUCUCUGAGUUUUUUUGAGCCUCCGGGCUGCCAGGACGCGCCACAGGCGUAGAGCAGCGCUACUCCAGCCCCUCAGACCCCCGAAGGAGGUCGGAGAUACAGAGCUCCGAAUAAUGACGAUCGAGCGCCGCAUCUGGGGAAGGGAGAGAGGAACAAACCCUGCAGACGCCGAGAGCGACGAAACGGCCAAGAGGAUGCGGGAACCGUGCAAAUACUAAUUAGGGGCCGCGGUGGCGGCGGGCUAGGCUGGGGACAGCGGCGGCGGGAGCCCAGCGCGGUGGUCGCCGCGCGGGAGGCGGAGGACCGCGUAGGAGUCGCAGCCUCCGCCGCCGCCGCUGGAGGAGCCCAGGGGCCAGUGCCACCUUCUCUCGCCCCCACACUACCAUGUACAGUGUGCGCUGCAAGAAGAAGCCCUGCGAUGCGUGCUCAGCCUCGCGCCCCGCUCCCUCCGGCAGCUCCCCGGGCGCUCGCCGCUGAGCUGGGGGCAAUGUGGUGAAGACUGAGCGGAGCCCAGAGCGGGGGAGGGGCGCGCAGGCCAGCGUGAACCCAGGCCGGAGGGUGCCGGGCGCCCGAACAGGCUGGAGGGGGCGGCGGCCACCGCGGGGUCGGUGAAAGUUGCCCCCUCUGCAGAUGGGAACUGGUGACUAGGAUGAGUGGGCCGAAGAUGUGAGACGGGGAGGUAAAAUGCACCCUUGCUGUAUCCCAGUAACUUUGGAACAGGACCUUCACAGAAAAAUGCAUAGCUGGAUGCUGCAGACUCUAGCGUUUGCUGUGACAUCUCUCGUCCUCUCAUGUGCAGAAACCAUCGAUUAUUAUGGGGAAAUCUGUGACAAUGCAUGUCCUUGUGAGGAAAAGGAUGGCAUUUUAACUGUGAGCUGUGAAAACCGGGGGAUUAUUAGUCUUUCUGAAAUUAGCCCUCCCCGGUUCCCAAGCUAUCACCUCUUGUUGUCUGGAAAUCUUUUGAACCGUCUCUAUCCUAAUGAAUUUGUCAAUUACACUGGGGCUUCAAUUUUGCAUCUGGGUAGCAAUGUUAUCCAAGACAUUGAGACUGGGGCUUUCCAUGGGCUGCAGGGUCUGAGGAGAUUGCAUCUGAACAACAAUAAACUGGAACUUCUGAGAGAUGAUACCUUCCUUGGGUUGGAGAACCUGGAAUAUCUACAGGUCGAUUACAAUUACAUCAGUGUCAUUGAACCCAAUGCUUUUGGGAAACUGCAUUUGUUGCAAGUGCUUAUCCUCAAUGACAAUCUGUUGUCAAGUUUACCCAACAAUCUUUUCCGUUUUGUGCCCUUAACGCACUUGGACCUUCGGGGGAACCGGCUGAAACUUCUUCCCUACCUGGGGCUGUUGCAGCACAUGGAUAAAGUUGUGGAGUUACAGCUAGAGGAAAACCCCUGGAAUUGCUCUUGUGAGCUGAUCUCUCUCAAAGAUUGGUUGGACAGCAUCUCUUACUCGGCCCUGGUGGGGGAUGUGGUUUGUGAGACCCCCUUCCGCUUACAUGGCAGGGACUUGGAUGAGAUAUCCAAGCAGGAACUUUGCCCUAGAAAACUUAUUUCAGACUACGAGAUGAGGCCACAGACACCUCUGAGCACCACGGGGUAUUUACACACCACCCCGGCCUCAGUGAAUUCCGUGGCCACUUCUUCCUCUGCUGUUUACAAACCCCCCUUGAAGCCCCCCAAGGGAACCCGCCAACCCAACAAGCCCAGAGUGCGCCCCACCUCUAGGCAGCCCUCUAAGGACUUGGGCUACAGUAACUAUGGCCCCAGCAUUGCCUACCAGACCAAAUCCCCGGUGCCUUUGGAGUGUCCCACCGCAUGCACUUGCAACCUGCAGAUCUCUGAUCUGGGUCUCAAUGUCAACUGCCAGGAGCGCAAGAUUGAAAGCAUAGCUGAGCUGCAGCCCAAGCCCUACAAUCCCAAGAAAAUGUAUCUGACAGAGAACUACAUUGCUGUCGUUCGCAGGACAGACUUCCUGGAGGCCACUGGGCUGGACCUUCUGCACCUGGGUAACAACCGCAUUUCUAUGAUCCAGGACCGUGCCUUCGGGGAUCUCAGCAACUUGAGACGCCUCUACCUAAAUGGCAACAGGAUUGAGAGGCUUAGCCCAGAGUUAUUCUACGGCUUGCAGAGCCUGCAGUAUCUCUUCCUGCAAUACAAUCUCAUACGCGAGAUCCAGGCUGGGACUUUUGAUCCAGUCCCAAACCUCCAGCUGCUCUUCCUGAAUAACAACCUCUUGCAGUCCAUGCCCUCUGGAGUCUUCUCUGGCCUGACCCUCCUCAGGCUGAACCUGAGGAGUAACCACUUCAGCUCCUUGCCAGUGAGUGGAGUUUUGGACCAGCUAACUUCACUCAUUCAAAUCGAUUUACAUGACAACCCUUGGGAUUGUACCUGCGAGGUGGUGGGCAUGAAGCUGUGGGUGGAGCAGCUCAAAGUGGGGGUCCUAGUAGACGAGGUGAUCUGUAAGGCACCCAAGAAAUUCGCCGAGACUGACAUGCGAUCCAUUAAGUCAGAGUCGCUGUGCCCAGACUAUUCAGAUGUGGUGGUUUCAACACCCACGCCCUCCUCCAUCCAAGUCCCCUCCAGAACCAGCGCCGUGACCCCUGCCGUCCGGCUGAACAGCACCAGCACUGGGGCCCCCGCGGGCUUGGGCGCAGGCGGAGGGGUUUCUUCUGUACCCUUGUCUGUGUUGAUUCUCAGCUUGCUCCUGGUCUUCAUAAUGUCAGUCUUCGUGGCCGCUGGGCUCUUUGUACUGGUCAUGAAGCGCAGGAAGAAGAACCAGAGCGACCACACCAGCACCAACAACUCCGACGUGAGCUCCUUCAACAUGCAGUACAGCGUGUACAGCGGCGGCGGCGGCGGGGGCGCGGGCGGCCACCCCCACGCGCGCGUGCACCACCGCGGGCCCGCGCUGCCCAAGGUGAAGACGCCCGCGGGCCACGUGUACGAGUACAUCCCUCAUCCUCUGGGCCACAUGUGCAAAAACCCCAUCUACCGGUCCCGGGAAGGAAACUCCGUGGAGGAUUACAAAGACCUGCACGAGCUCAAGGUCACCUACAGCAGCAACCACCACCUGCAGCAGCAGCCGCCGCCGCCGCCGCCGCCGCCGCCGCCGCCCCAACCGCAGCCCCCGCCGCAGCUGCAGCUGCAGCCCGCGGAGGAGGAGAGGCGGGAAAGCCACCACUUGCGGAGCCCCGCCUACAGCGUCAGCACCAUCGAGCCCCGGGAGGACCUUCUGUCGCCGGUGCAGGACGCCGACCGCUUUUACAGGGGCAUUUUAGAACCAGACAAACUCUGCUCCACCACCCCCGCCGGCAGUAGCCUCCCCGAAUACCCCAAAUUUCCGUGCAGCCCCGCUGCUUACACCUUCUCCCCUAACUAUGACCUGAGACGCCCCCAUCAGUAUUUGCACCCGGGGGCUGGGGACAGUAGGCUGCGGGAACCGGUGCUCUACAGCCCCCCGAGUGCUGUCUUUGUAGAACCCAACCGGAACGAGUAUCUGGAGUUAAAAGCAAAACUAAACGUUGAGCCGGACUACCUCGAAGUGCUGGAAAAACAGACCACAUUUAGCCAGUUGUAAAAGCAAAGAAACUCCCUUGGAGCUUUUGCGUUUAAAACAAACAAGCGAGCAGACACACGCGGUGAACACAUUCGAUUGUGUCAUUUCAACGUUUAGGGUGAAGUGCCUUGGCACGGGAUUCUCAGCUUCGACGGAAGAUACUGAAAGGGUGUGCAAUUUCCUUUUAAUUUUCCACGGGGGAAACAUUUAUGUAAACUGGGCACAUCACUUUCUCUUCUUGUGUGUGGGGGGGUGGGGUGGGGGUGGGGGAGAAGGGCUUUACAGAGGGAGAUUUGCUGAGAGGGUGACUUGUUAAAGGUCGCAGUCAUUUUUGUAGUGGUUGGAAGUGCUAUGAAUGGUGGAAAAUGUCAACUCACAGAUUCUACUCUUCUUCUUGUCCCCCUCCCCCUUUCUCCCUCUGUAAGCCAGGGGUGGGUCUAAAUGGCUUUGGUGGAGAGGUUAGCACAUCCCAAUCUAAAUAGGAAGUUUGGUGUCUCUCCCUCCUCCCUUCCUUCCCACCUUCCUUAUUCCUUUCCUUUGUUUCUAAAGGAUGUGUUUGUAUGCAUUCUGGACGUUUGAAUUAAAAACAAAAAUAUUGUGAUCCAGAAAAGGAUCACUAGAGAUGUGGACAAAUCAUUAAAAUUACAGAGCUAUAUGAUCCAUAAUUGAUUAGUCAAAAUAACUUAUUGAUGAAAUAUACAAAUAUUUUAUUGUAGCACCUAUUUUUAUAUGCACAUUUAGCAUUCCUCUUUCCUUCACUAUUUAGCCUAUGAUUUUCGCAGAGGUGUCACAUUUUAUCAGGAGCUGCGUUUCCAAAACUGAAGUGAUUAUCCAGAAGGCAUUUUAGAUCAUUAAAAAUAUGGAGCACUUAAUGGCAAAAUCUUUAAAAGCCAAUGCAACCCACUCAGUUGAACCUGUAUUUUUCUAUACUGAUUGUAUCCCACUGUAUAAAAGAAAAAAAGUUAGGGUGACUAAUUGGGCCAUUCAAGAGAAUUGUGUGCAAGAUUUUGGUUUUAUUAGAGAAGAUUUAAAAGUAUUUUUAUUAGUGAACCAAAACUGUGUAUUGAUUUGACUACUAUUGUAGCCGAGUUUCAAUUGUUUAGCCAAACCCACUUGCAUUUGUACAGAUCCACAUGUACUGGCACCUCA